UAUUCUUGCACUCCUGUUUGGUUUUUCCAAAUAGUGCCAUAACAGAUUUACCCUCAAAAGAGCGAACGCAGUGAAAAAUCGCAAAGGUCUCUCUCUCUAUAUUGUCGGAGUUUGGUCUAUAGAGGUCGAAUCACCGGAUAGUAGCCGGAAACGAAGGAAAGAUACAUGACGGAGGAGCAGAACAAGAGCAGCAGCAGCUCUUCUUCGUCCGAUUCAAACCCUUGCCCUAUUUGCCUCGGCCCUGUAGUUGAAGACGCCUAUCUCGAUCAAUGUUUCCAUAAGUUUUGCUACAACUGCAUCGUACGUUGGACAAAAGUGGUUGCUAGCAAGCAUUCUCACCCACCUUCUUCUGUAAAGUGUCCUUUAUGCAAGACAGAAAAUUUCUCUAUUAUACAUGGAUACGAUGGAACUUUUUUUCUACGGCAUUAUGUUAAUCAGCAUUCUGGAAAUAGUGCUUUCUUUUCAAAAGUUCACAAGUAUAGACUACAAUGCUACUACAUUGAACCAGGUACCAUUAGUGAGAAAUUCAAUGUAUCACGGUAUUGGAAGUGCCGCAGGCAUCUUCAGCCAAAUAAGUGGCUGCAGAGCUGGUUGAGAAGGGAAAUUCAAGCUUUAAUUCAGGAGGAAGAUGUUGACAUUAUCGUGUAUCACAUACUCGGUGCAAUAGACUCGUUGAGAAGCAAAGAGCAAAAAAAUCCGAGAAGUACACCUGAAAUGGAACAAGAAGAUUUCAAGGCCUUGGUGUCUCAAUUGGCAAGACCUUUCUUAACAGGAAGAACAGAUCGAUUUGUGAAUGAGGUAGAACUGUUUGUAGCUUCAGGAUUAAAUAUUGAAGCCUAUGACAAAGUUUAUAUGCAACAUUUGGGUUGGAAAGUUCCAGGGGUAACCAGUGACGACGAGGAAGGAGAAUUUCGUGAACACACGCCUUCAGCUCCAUUCCUGUAUUUCUUAGAUGAGGAGUCUGAUGAAAUUGAUUGAGCAUUUUUUGAAAAUGGUGGAAUUGUACUUUUUUUUCAUUUUUAUGUUUGUUUCGCUUCGUCCAAGUGGUAGUAGCACUCAGUUGUCAUUUUUUUGUCUGGAUAGAAAGAGAGGGAAAGGCGGAACAAUAUAACAAUAAAUGAGAGAGGAAUCGAAGAGAAUUUUCUUUGAUAUAUAUGUUUGUAUGAGAGAAGUUAGAAAUAAAUUUGAUCUGAAAUUAAAUUUGAAGUAUCUACUUCUCUUGUGCA